AUGAGGAAACAGUUGGAUCCUCGUAUCCCCACCCUCAUCCGCAACAAUGUGGCACUCAACCACCGCUCCUUCUUUGUGAUCGUUGGAGACAAGGGAAAAGAUCAGAUCGUCAACCUUCACUUUCUCCUCUCGCAAUCUCGUGUUCAGUCUCGGCCCAAUGUUCUCUGGUGCUAUAAGAAGGAUCUCGGCUUCACUACACACCGCAAGAAGCGCGAGCAAAAGAUCAAGAAUGACAUCAAGCGAGGCAUCCGCGAAAAGGGCCAGGGCGAUCCGUUUGAACUUUUCGUCAGUCUCACUGACAUUCGAUAUUGCUAUUACAAGGACACGCCCAAAAUUCUCGGUCAGACGUACGGCAUGCUCAUCCUGCAAGACUUCGAGGCUGUCACACCUAACAUGCUCGCACGAACCAUCGAGACGGUAGAGGGUGGCGGUGUCGUCAUUCUGUUGCUCAAGACUAUGUCCAGCUUGCGACAGCUCUACUCGCUUGGCAUGGACGUGCAUCGCAACUACCGCUCGAACGCUUCCGAUGAUGACCCCGUGGCACGCUUCAAUGAACGUUUCCUCCUCUCGCUUGGUGCCAAUCCAGAUACGCUGCUGCUCGAUGACGAACUCAAUGUCCUCCCACUCAGCAAGGCCAAGGACAUUCAGCCAUUGCCAGAAACCAGCACUGGUGCCGGUACCGGCGUUGGCUCCACGGUGCGUAAGGGCAAGGAGCGCGUAGAGGCAGACGAGGAGCUAGCAGAGCUCAAGGACCAGGUGCGCGAGACCAAAGUCGUCGGCCAAGUUGUCCGGCACGCCAAGACUCUGGACCAAGCCAAAGCUGUACUCACCAUUCUCGACAUCUUGGCAAGCUCAUCUCUCUCCACCACCGUAGCGCUCACUGCAGCGCGAGGUCGUGGAAAGUCGGCCGCGCUUGGUCUUUGCAUUGCUGCUGCCGUGGCGCACGGUUACAGCAAUAUCUUUGUUACUUCGCCAAGCCCAGAGAACCUCAAGACGCUUUUCGAGUUUGUCUUCAAGGGUCUGGAUGCGCUAGGUUACGACGAGGUAGCCGACUGGGACCUGCAGAGAGGCACAGGAGAGUGGAAAGACGUCGUCGUACGCGUCAACAUCUUCCGAGGCCAUCGUCAGACCAUCCAAUACAUCCAGCCGCAAGAUCACCAGGUGCUGGGUCAGGCCGAGCUCGUCGUCAUCGAUGAAGCCGCCGCCAUCCCACUGCCACUCGUUCGCAAUCUCAUGGGACCCUACCUCGUCUUUUUGUCUUCCACCAUCAACGGCUAUGAGGGUACCGGUCGCAGUCUCUCGCUCAAGCUCAUCCAGCAACUUCGCGAUAGCGCAAGAGGCAUUGCUGACGCGACCGACGCUGAUGACUCGACCGCUUCGUCGAGCAAAGCGGUGCGCAAGCAAGCCAAAGGCGGUCUCAACACAGGUCGUGCGGCAGGUGCUGCACUGGCUGCCAGAUCGCUCAAGGAGGUGGAACUCAAGGAACCCAUCCGAUACUCGCGCGGUGACAAGAUUGAGUCGUGGCUUCAUCAACUUCUCUGCCUUGAUGCAUCGCUCACAAGGCUGUCAUCUGCCGCACUCAAGGCCAAGGGCUGCCCGCACCCCUCAUCCUGCGAUCUGUACAUGGUCAACCGUGACGCGCUUUUCAGCUACCAUCCUGCUUCCGAGGUGUUUUUGCAGCGUAUGAUGGCCCUCUAUGUAGCAAGCCACUACAAGAACUCGCCCAACGACCUCCAGCUUAUGAGCGAUGCACCAGGUCACCGACUUUUUGUUUUGCUCGCUCCUCUCAAGGGCAACGAGGGCGGUCUGCCCGAGCCUCUGUGCGUGGUUCAAGUCGCUUUGGAAGGCAACAUCAGUCGUGGCGUUGUGCUCAACAGUCUGAGCCGUGGAACGCGCGAGGCAGGCGAUCUCAUCCCAUGGCUUGUAGCGCAACAGUUCCAGGACGCUGAUUUCGCUUCGCUCUCUGGCGCUCGUGUGGUGCGUAUCGCUGUUCAUCCUGACUACGCGCGCAUGGGAUACGGAGCACGCGCAUUGCAAGCGCUCGAGGCAUUCUACAGUGGGCAGCUGCUCGACGUCGAUAAUGUGCGAGACGAUCUCGAUGACGGCGAGACAUUUGCAGCUGUUCGCGACCGAAAAAUCUCCAAGGAUGCCAACCUGUUGCAAGGCGAUGAGAUUCGGGUACGAGAUGCAGCACGCAUGCCCGCUCUGCUGCAAAGGCUAUCGGAGCGACGACCCGAGCAGCUCGACUGGCUCGGCGUGUCGUACGGUCUCACCCCACAGCUGUUCAAGUUUUGGAAAAAGGCAGGUUACACGCCACUGUGGGUGCGACAGAUCGCCAACGAUCUCACUGGCGAAUACACGACUGUGCAACUCAAGUCGCUUGACACGUCGAUAUCGACGACAGGUUCAGCAUGGCUCGGAUCGCUGGCUGCCGAUUUUCGAAAGCGCUUCAUUUCGCUGCUGUCAUACAGGUUCCGCGAGUUCUCCACCAUCACGGCGCUUACGGUGCUCGAGGCGGCCACCCAAGGCGCGCGACUCGCUGCUGACGACGACUCUUUGCCGGCUUCGUCAACCUCUUUGUCGUUAGGAGCUGCUGAACUGCGGACGCUGCUGACACCGUUCGACAUGAAGCGUCUCGAUUCGUACUCGAACAACAUGGUCGAGAUGUCGGUCGUGCUUGAUCUGCUUCCGACGCUUGGCGCGCUUUACUUUAACAAUCGUCUUCGAGCUGUGCGUGAAGACGAGGCGACUGCAUCUGCCAUUGAUGCGCAAGAUGACGAGGAGGAACUGCGGCUUUCUGGUCUGCAAUCUUCAUUGCUGCUGGCGAUUGGUCUGCAAAGGAAGACGCCUGACGAGAUCAGCGCCGAACUGCGAUUGCCACUUCAGCAGGCCAUGGCUCUCUUCGUCAAGACGGUGCGAUUACUGGUGAAGAGUUUGCGAAAAGUCGAGAAGAGGGACAUUGUACGUUCAAUGCCAGAGCUCAGUUCAGGGCUUGAGGCGCGCGCUCCCCUGCGUAAAAAGGCAAACAGUGCUCGCGGCACAGACCAAAGCGACGACUGGACAGCGCUCAAGGGAGAUCUGCAGUCGGAACUGCGAGAUGCUGGACGCGAAUUCUUGGCCGGUAACAAGGAAAGUGAAGCGUAUGGCAAAUUGGAUGACGAUCAAGAAGAAGACGAUCAUGAGAGCAAGGACGGUGCCGACCAACAAGAAGAUAAGGAAGAGGAAGGGGAGGAGCAGGAUGAUGUUGAUGAGGAUGAUGAUGAUGAUGAUGACGACGACGAGCUCCUUACGGCCAAACAAAAGCUGAUUGACUCGAUGGAUCUCUCCAAAUAUGCAAUCAAGGACGGAGCAGAUGGAGCCAACUGGAGUCAAGCUGAAGCUGAAGUCGCCAACAUGUUGCGCAAAAACGGUGGCAACGACCUGAAAGGUUUCAACACCACCAUAUCAGUCAAGGGCACCAAGCGCGCGGCGGAUGACAAGGUCGAGGCAAGCCCCAAGAAAGCAAAAGCAUCCAAUAAGAGCGGUGAAAGGAAGAAACAGAAGCGUCGAUGA